UGAAGUUUAGCUGUAAAUUGAUAAGCCCACCGGCUCUUUGCUUACAGGCCUUGACACGCUGGGCAUGUCCUCGUGGGCGGUGUCAGUUUAAAAGCACACUGAUUUCCCUGCAUUCUGCAUUAUAUUUUCUGGAGGGAUCCUACAGCUGAGAUCCUCCUCUCCUCUGACUGAACAACUAAUAUGGCAUUAAAUGGGAAAAUCGCAGUAGUGACCGGAGCAGCGCGGGGAAUAGGAAAAGCAAUAACGGAGAUACUCCUGCAAAACGGUGCUAAGGUCGUUCUCCUGGAUGUGAAUGAAACUGAAGGAAAGAAUUUAAUGGAAGCCCUCGAGAAAGAGUAUGGACGGGAGAGAACUUUGUUCCACAUCUGUGAUGUUGAAUCAGAGGAGCAGAUGAAAGCUGCCUUUCAGAAAACUGCAGAAACCUUCGGAGGAAUAGACAUCCUGUGCAACAAUGCCGGCAUCUUGAAUGAGACUGCGUGGGAGAAAACUGUCUCCAUAAACCUAAUGGGGGUUAUCAGGGGGACUUACUUGGCUCUGGAGCACAUGAACAAGUUGAGUGGAGGUCGGGGAGGGGUCAUCGUCAACACUGCAUCCUUGGCAGGUGUCAGUCCUAUAUUAACCUGUCCUGUCUACACGGCCACCAAGCACGGCGUGGUCGGCUUCACUCGAGCCAUGGCGGCUGCCUCUACUGCAUCAGGCUACGGUAUACGGGUCAACACACUUUGCCCAGGUUGUGUCCAAACUGACCUCCUCUCUUCCAUUCCUUCCAGUCUGGGGCCAUACGCCCACCUGACUGAUGAAACCCAACAAUUACUAGAAAAGUUUGGGACGUUAGCUGUGUCUGAAGUAGCAGCCUGCCUCCUCGAGCUGGUGACAGAUGAGACGAAGAACGGAGAGGCCCUCAUUGUGUUGCCAAAAGGAAGGAAAUACAUGACUUUUCCUUCAUUUAUCCAGUAGCUCUUCAUAAUGACAAACCACAACACCAUCAUACAGAACCAACCAAUGUUGAGUUAAGCAUUCUGGUAUUGUUUUGGUUCCAUGUCUUGUGUUCUACUGUUUUGCCCAAGUUUGAUCUGUGUUCUGUUGAUCCUGUUUAAGUCUGUUUUUGGUUCUGCGUUUCUCUGUGUAGCCAUGUUUGUUAUUUUAUUCAUUCACAUGUUUUAGUUUACUUAGUAUUUGUCUUGUCUCUUAUCUUAGUUCUUAGUCCUGCGCUUUAGUUCUUUGCCUUAGUUCUUAGUCCUGUGCCUUAGUUCAUGUCCUAGUGUUACUCCUGGAGCCUGUACCACAAAGCGAGUUCAACAUACCCAGGAUAUUUUUCAGUUAUCUGGCUUAACUAACCCUAACAAUCGUGGUUGGGAUAAGCGGUACCAUGAAGCUGUUAAAUCAACUCGGUAACUCAACCCAAGGUUUCCCAAUCCAGCUGUGGGCGCGUUCACAUAAAAGAGGUGGUGUUGGAAGCAGAUGAACAAUCGUAGAAGUGAACAAGUCCACUGGCAGCAGAGUGGCAUAUUUUACAAACGUGCAAACUGUAACACUACAGAAAUGCGACAUAGGCCUAGUCUGAGUGGUACGGCUGCAGCUGACACAAGCAGGUAGAAAUUUGCCGACAGUUUGAAUGCAUGAACAGGCGUAGUCUAUAAUAAUGUGUUGAUUUGAUGUGUUCUUAUGAACUGUAUGAAAAUAUCAGCCUUAUUCUUUCAUAUUAAAAUUUAGUAUUUCAAUAUCCCUACCAAACUGCUCAUAAUAUUAGCCUAACAUAAGACAAAUGAAACCCAUUUGUUUUAACGGCUGCGACAGGCUGUGUGAAACGGACUGGGAGCAAAUAUUAAACACAUUUCAAAGCAGUAAGUAGGCUCAGCCCACUGUAAAAACCUGAAGGCAACAAUAGCCUAAGAAUUUUAAUCAGUCUCUGUAGGAUGAUCGCUUUAGCCUAUACAAGAGCUUCUCUGUAUCACCGCAGCAAAUAUUAAGCAGCCUAUAGGCUAAAACAGUCUGUGGGAUUUCCUACAGAUGGUGAUCUCAUUUUCUAAGAGAGCUGAUUGGUCAGUAGGCGGCAUUUUCAUAGAGUUGAUCUCUUAUCUGGAACAUAA